UACAAUCUUAACUGAAAUGACAGCUACAUAUGAAACUAAUUAUACUAAAGCAUAUUUAAAAUAAUCUUUUUAAAGAUUUAAUAAUAUUAGUAUAAAAGUCAAGGUCAUGGACUUUGUGUUGUUGCACAGAACAAAAGGAAAUAUGUCAGAGGAAGAAAAAGGAAUAUAAAUCAAUUGUCUGAGAUUUUUAGGUCAUAGAAUUUGUCCUAAUUCCAGAAGCCUUUAGGGAAAAGGUAGUUACUUUUUAUUUUGAAAUAAUUUCAAACUUACAGAAAAGUUAUAAUACUGAAUUCCCAUACCCCCUUUAUUCAGAUUCAUCAGUUUUUGACAUUUGCCCUCAUUCUUUCUAUACAUACAACUUAUUUUCCUGAGCCAUCUUAGAAUAGGUUAAAUACAAAAUACAUCCUCUUCCUCCUCCUUAUCUUCCUCCUCCUUGUCUUCCUCCUCCUUCUCCCCUUUCACCUUUCCUCCCACAGCUCCUUUUUUUUUUUUUUUUAUUGUACUGGAAAUAGAUCCCAGGGGCACUCUACCACUGAGCUAUAUUCCCAGCCCCCUCUCCCUUUUAUUAAUUUUUAUUUUGAGAUGGGGUCUUGCUAAGUUGCUGAGGCCAGCCUCAAACUUGAGAUCCUUCUGCCUCAGCCUCCUGAAUCACUGGGAUUGCAUACUUUAUUCUUUAAUAACAGUAGUAUGUAUAUUCUAAAAACAAAGGUGUUCAUUCUGGAAUCACAAUAUAGUUAUCAAAUUCAGGAAAUAUGACCUUGAUACUCCAAUCUAGCAUCUGUAUUUAAAUUUUGUUAAUUGUCCCCGAAAAGAUGACGUUUUUGUUGUUGUUUGGUGCUGGGGAUUGAACCCAGGGCCUCACCCACAUGCUGUACCACUGAGCUACAUUCCCAGCUAAAAAGAUGAGUUUUAAGAAGAGUCAUGUAACAAUUUUUAUAAUUUAAACUUUAAAACUUGUGGGAAUUAAGCCAUAGAAGACCUCAGAAGUUUGGUAAUGAUUGAAAAAGUAUUUAACAGGAAAGCAUGAAUGCGCAGGCUCAGAUUACAAUAUAGAUUGGAUUUACCUGCCCUCAUACGAGAGUUUAGUUCUGGAGAGCCCAUUUGGUGAAGUAGUUCCUAGGAGGCUGUGUAUUCUGGAUGCAGGGACGGUGCAUUUUGUUGAGCUUCCAUGUAAAAAGUACACUGACUUGUCAUUACCGGGUCUUUACAAUACUUAAACGAUCUUCUUUGGAACUUCUGUUUGUGUUCAGGCUUCCGGCCAGCUAGGCCAAGGUAGGGAGGGACAGCUUGGGGAAGCAGAUCCUGCCAUAUAUCCCCAACAACGUGGUCCCUGACGCCUUAGCAGCCAGACGUCUGAAAUGUCGGUUCUCGGAGACUUUGCAGGACCUGCGACCCUUCCUCGUCCACCUAAGGCACCGUCGCAGGUGUGAUUGGGCGCGGGCGCCAGACUCCGGACGUCAUUUCCGGUUUGGUCUGUUGGGAGUUGGUGACCGCAGCCGAGGCCAAGUCCAGCCUGCCAAGGUUGUGUCAGCCCCAACACUGGACGCCUCUGGAAGCCAUGGCUUCCCCGCUGAAGCUAGAGCAAGACGUGCAGGGGAAAGUAGAUUCGUUCCGUGCCCGUAUCGCACAGGAGGCCGAGGAUCUGGUGUCCACCUUCUUCCCCCAGAAGUUGUCAGAGCUGGAUAGCCGGGUCCAGGAGCUCCGGCUGCAAGACCUGUCCAGAAUCCGUUCGGUGCCAGCCCCGGAGCCGCCCGCCACCCCAGACACCACGGGGGAUGGUCCCAACCGGGAUCCUCUGCCUCUGCAGACCCAGUAUUCAGUCAAGGUGCCUGGUGGCGAGGGACGUCUUCUGAGGAGCAACCAGCAUCUGGUGGAGCUGAUUGAACGGGUAAAACCUGAGAUUGAGCUGCUGAGAGAGAAAUGCAACACUGUGCGGAUGUGGGUGCAGCUGCUCAUCCCGAAGGUGGAAGACGGCAAUAACUUUGGAGUGUCUAUCCAGGAAGACACCGUGGACCAGCUAUGGACUGUGGAGAGCACAGCAGCCUCCUACCUACGCCGCUUCUCCACCUACUAUAACACCCGGGCCAAACUGGUGUCCAAGAUAGUGAAGUACCCCCAAGUGGAAGAUUAUCGCCGCACCGUAGCAGAGGUCGACGAAAACGAGUACUUGAGCGUACGACAGAUCCUGCUGCAUGUGCGGAACCAGUAUGCCACCUUGCAUGAUGUGAUCCUCAAAAAUAUUGAGAAAAUCAAGACCCCUAGGAGCACCAACACCGACAACCUGUACUGAAGACCUUUCUCCACCCCUCUUUACUUCAGGAGUUGGCCUAGCUGUUAAGGCAGCUAGAAGGCUGGUUAUUAACGACUCUACAGAUGAUCGAAAUGACUGGAAACCUGUUACCAUUUAGUUAGAAUUUCAUACAGCUAUCCUCACACUGAAUCCUCUUUUGGUAUUAUUUUUUAUUUCCCUUUUGGGGUAGUAUGGGGACAAACCAUCUGGUAGAAUGUGGUAAGGUUGUCCAAGGAGAAAGGACUGCCAUUUUAAAAGCAGCUUUGUGGAUGAUUGUUGGCCAAGGUUUAUUUAUUAUGGCAUUGAUGACAUUGAAUGGCUUCAGGGGUUCCUUAUAAAGUUUAAAGGAGAGUUAAAUGAAACUUUUCCUGAGCUUCUACUAAAUGUUACUUUUUCAAAACUGAGAAAUACUCCUUAACACCAUAAUUUUUUUUCCAAGAAGGGAGUUUAAAGAGACAUGUUUAGGUCAUUGUAUGCCUCCAAUUUAGCAGAUUGAAAUAAAACAUGAUUAUAUCAUUUUAUGAUGGUCUGUUGUACUUAUCUGAACUUUAAUUUUCAGAAGUAUGGGGUUCCCCUCCUCCUCAGUUGUACUCACACCCUUGAUAUUUUUCCAUACUGAUACAUAAGAAUAGAUUCUAGUUCUCCUAAAGAAACGAACUUCCACCUUUCUUAGAAUGAAGAGAAAUCUGUGAACAAGGCUUUCUUACAUAACCUUCUUCUGCAUAUACAUUUAUCUCAGAAAUGCAUGGUAAACCCUUCAAGUCUUAAAUCACAUUUACUUUUUAAAGCCCUUGUUAGAAUUUCCCUCUCACAUCGUAUUGGUCAUUCUUUCAAUAUAAAUGUGACUGGUUCUUCUUCCAUCUGCUUGCUUUGCUGUCUUGUUGAGGGGAAACCUGUUUAUAGUUCUCAACAGUCACCUGUACUACUGGUAUUUUUAAAGUUAAGCAUUUACAGAUUUCAUUUACAGGUAAGGUAAAGUACUGUUCUGUGAGCCAUGUUAUGCACCAUGGAGAAUUUGGGGGCUUAUAAUGUGAUGUGAUGAAUUAGUCCUUUUUCCAAAAAGGUUUUGUUCAGAGUUUCAUCUUUUUUGAUGAUAAAAGUAAUUUAGUCACUUGAAAUAUAUUUAUUCAAAACACCAUUGUCUCAGUGUAAUUUGAGGAUAUUGACCACUCAACACUAUCCAUGAAAAUUAUAAAUUUUUAUCUAUAGUUAUACCAAGUUUGAUAAGAGGGUGAGUAUGAGUUAAUUUUUGAUGUCUUUUAGUUUAUAGGGAUGAGAUUAUUUCUAUGCAUAAUUGACAGCUUCAUCUCUUUUUCACAUUUAACUAACUAGACUGUGCUCUGAAUUCUCAUGAUAUUUUUAAGACUAUAUAUAAAAAGGUAUAUCCUUAAUCUUUUAAUAUAUUUUGUAAUAAUAUUUGCAAGCAACAAUUUACUUCUCACAUGAACUUUUUGUAGGAAAAUUAUGGAGAGUAAACUUAUAUUUUUGUAAGAAAUGAGAAUAUAUUUUCCAAUGAAAUUUUUUUUCUACAUAAGACCUUGUAAAACAAGGUGACCAUAUAAGAAUCAGAGUCUAGUAUCUAUUAUUAAAUCAUUUGUAAUUCCACUUUUUAUUUUCCUUUAUAGAAUAUCUUUGUAAGGAUAGAACAAGAUGAUUUCUUGCUGUAAAUGAAAUUAGCCUGAUAUCUUGCUAUAACAUGACUAUAUUAUCUUUUUUUAAAAAAAAACUGAUUCUAAGAAUUCUCCUUCCCCACUACCAAUUUCCCCAUUUAAUAAGAUAAAUCACUUUUGAAUGAGACUUUUUUCCUUUCAGAGGGUCUUCAGAAAUAUGUUUUGGUUACCAAGGGUGAAAAACAACAUGAAUCUUGCUUGUGCAGACUUGACUCUAAAAGCUGCUGUAAAAAUGAUUUCCUACUUAGCAACAAGAAUUUUUUGACGUGUAAAGCUAAGGUGUAUUCUUUUGCAUGUUUUUUUAAAAAAUAAAUAUUUCUGAGUUUGAACCCAUUAUUGGUGGGUGGUUUUUUUGGUUAUUCUAAGGGAGUAGUGACACUCAUAGUUUUUCUGAGGCAAUGUCAUUAUCUGUCCAGAAAGUAUCUGAUUCCUGGAAUUUCAUUUGCUUUUUCACUUUCUUGUCUGUGUCACCUGAAGGAAUAAAAAAGGAAUAUAUUUCUCCAUGAACAAGGAGAAUUAAUUUGAGACACAAAAUUGUUUUAAUCACCAUUUAAAAAUUUUUAUCUAUAGUUAUACCCAGAAAAUGUACUUUAUACUUUGGGCCAUACUAAAAUGCAUAUGAAUAUUUGCCUAUUCUAAACCAUGGAAAUUGAAAAAAAAAUUGUAAGCUGGCUUAGUGGAAAGUUUAUUUUUAAAGUAAACUUCCCAAAUAUGAAAACAAGGUAAAACAGGUUUAUUCUUUAUAUAUA